AUGCUCCGCCGAAAACCCACCGCCAUAACCCUCACAACAGAAGAUAUCGCCAUAUACGAAGACGCGCGCAACCGAGAAGCGCUCCAGCGUGAACAGGCUGCCCAUCAAGCCCACAUGCAAGCACAAGCACAAGCCCAACGUCAAGGCACGCCGGGCAAGAACCAGAACCUGAAGGACCCGAAUGAUGAGUUGCGGCCGUUGCCCGGGGACAGGGCGAGAGGUGGGCAGGUGAAGUCUAGAGAGGAGAGGUUGGGUUUGGCGGGUGGGAGUUCGAGGGGUUGA